CUCACUUUGAAACUAGUUGAUUUAUUGUUGGGGGGCACGAAAGGCCAGGUGCUCGGGCCGCCCCAGAGCUUUCUGUGGACGCUGGCUUCCUCCUCCCGAGCGAGGAACGUCACUGUGCUUGUCCCUUACGCUGCUGCGGUCACCAGAGCCGCCCGGCUCCAGUAACUGGCAGACGGAGCUUGGCACCGGCCGCGGCCUGGCCCCGAAGCCGAAGUCCCACGAUCGCCGUGCACAGCGCGCGGCUGGCGACAGAAACAGCCGCCGGGCCCUGUCGCGUGACCGGUGUGACCCUGCGAGGGCUCCUCUGGCUUGGACACCGUUUGCGCCUCUCAGGCUUAUCCAGCGAGGCUUAACGGAGAGGGUGUGUCUCGGUCCCUGGAGAGGCUGUCCGCGGACGCCCUUUCUGUGGGCGGCCUUCCUGAAGACGGCUGUGUUUCUGAGGGAGGCCGGAGAGCCAGAGCACCAUCGUGGCUCCUGCUGGGGGCUGAACUGGGGGUCCCACUGGACGCUCCGCCUUUGCCUCUGCGUCAGCACCAGCACCUGGCCGUCCGGGGAGCUCGAAGAGUCCACUUGGGUGAAGACUUAAUGACCGUCCUCUCUGAAGCUCCGGGAAAAUGUGUGCCCUACGCUGUCAUCGAAGGAGCUGUCCGGCCUGUUAAGGACACUCUCAACAGCCAGUUUGUGGAGAACUGCGAGGGUGUGGUCCAGCGGCUGACGCUGCAGGAGCACAAGAUGGUCUGGAACCGGACAACCCACCUCUGGAACGACUACUCCAAGAUCAUUCACCAGAGGACCAACACGGUGCCCUUUGACCUGGUGCCCCACGAGGACGGCGUGGCCGUGGCCGUGCGGGUGCUGAGGCCCCUGGACGCGCUGGAUCUGGGCCUGGAGACCGUCUACGAGAAGUUCCACCCCUCCGUCCAGUCCUUCACCGACGUCCUGGGCCACUACAUCAGCGGCGAGCGACCCAAGGGCGUCCAGGAGACGGAGGAGCUGCUCAAGGUGGGGGCCGUCCUCACGGGGGUGGGCGAGCUGGUCCUGGACAGCAGCUGCGUGCGCCUGCAGCCCCCCAAGCAGGGCCUGCGCUACUACCUGAGCGGCCGGGACUUCGACAGCCUGCUGCACGGGCAGGAGUCCAGCGCGCGGCUCUGGAAGGCGCUGACGCUCGCCGCCGGCCUGGCCACCUGCGCCGCCCUCUUGCUCCUCCUGCACCGGCAGCACCUGCGGCGGCGAGAGCGCCGGCGCCUCCAGCAGAUGGAGGAUGAGUUCCGGGAGCGCGAGGCCCAGCUGCUGAGCCGGGCGCAGCCCGAGGACAGGGAGGGCCUCAGGGGCACGUGCGUCGUGUGCCUGAGCAGCUUCAAGUCCUGCGUGUUUCUGGAGUGUGGCCACGUCUGCUCCUGCGCCGAGUGCUACCGCGCCCUGCCCGAGCCCAAGCGGUGCCCCAUCUGCAGACGGGGCAUCACUCGGGUGGUCCCCCUGUACAGCAGCUAGCGCCUGGGCCCCACGGCAGACGCGGGGAGGACCCCUGCCCCUCGGGGGACUCUGACCCCCAGGCCCGUGGCGGGGUGGCGGGGGGUCGACUCCCCUCCGGGGUUGGGGUGGGAUUGCCCGGCUCUCCCCUCCGGCGGCACCCCGGGGGGCGUCAGGGUUCCCUUGGGGUGAGCGGGGCGUCGCCCGAGAGACCUCGCCACGUAGCGUAGAUGCCAAACCCGCGAGCUCCAGCUCCUCAGCCUGUGUCUUCUGGUCCCUCCUGGUGACGUGGAGCCUGCAGCGGGCAGAGUCGCCCUGCAGAGCUGCCUCCGGAGAGGUCCUGCCAGCUUUUCUCUGCCUUCACCUUCACCUUCACCUUCACCUUCACCUUCACCUUCACCUUCACCUUCACCUUCACCUUCUCCAGCUCAGCUUAGGGAUGUGGCGGUCGCACACUCAGCCUAGCUAAGGGCGGUCUUGGGGUUUCCCGCGUCCCAAGCAGGGGCAGUGGGUGUCCCGUGAGGGGGUGGGCGCGGCGCGGGGGAUGGCAGGAAAUGCAGUGGUGGAGAGGACGGUCGCCAUGGGGUUGAGUUCCAGGGCAGAUGCAGAGUCUGCAGCGAGGAAGAGGAGGAGAGUCCUUGGGGCCUGGUGGAGGGAGCUCAGUGAAGCAGGUGAAGAGUGCGCAAAGACCCGGGUUUGAGCCCCCGGCCCCCACCUGCAGGGGGAAGGCUUUGUGAGUGGUGAAGCAGGGCUGCAGGUGCCUCUCUGUCUCCCUCCCUUUCUGUCUCCCUCUUCUGUCUUAAUUUCUGGCUGUCUCUAUCCAACAAAUAAAUAAAGAUUAAAAAAAAAUGUCAACUUCCUUCCAAGACUGAGAACCAGAGUGGUUAUCUACGGGGGUUGGGGACACAGACCUUUGGUGAUGGGAGUGAUGAGAAAAUAAAUGUAAAAACUGUCAUUAAAAACUGUCUGAGUACUAA